ACACACACACACACACACACACACACACACAAACAGAGCGAGGGGGGAGGGUGAGAAAGAGAGAGAGAGAGGGAGAGAGAGACUCCCCGGCUCCCUCCCUCCCUCUCUCGCACACAGCGACUGGAGACGGACCCGGAGCAACGCGCUGGGAAGAGCAGAGACCACCGACAACAGCCCCGCGCUCUCCCACACACGCUCACUCUCGGCGCUUUCCUCUCCGCCCCCACCUCCUCCUCCUUCCACCCCCUCCACUAACACCAUCUCCUCCUCCUCUCUGCAACAAGAAAAAAAAAGCCAUUUACAGGGGGUGAUGUGCAACUAAUUAAAGGCAGACUGGCAGCGUCUGCAAAUUCUAAGGCUCCCCAAAUAAAAAGAGACUGUUGUAACAGUUGGAGGAUAAUGCAAAGGAAGACGCUGCCUGGGAAUUCACCGUCUGUGGACAUGCGCCCCAGAGAGGACUAAAGCAGCCCUUACCUUGCUCUCCCCACCCGGAUCCCCCUUUCCUGCCCGGCCCAGCCGGUACCCCGACCCCACCAUCACCCGCUUCCCUUCCCCCCACCUCUCCCCCUUUCCCGCCCAGGUGUCGGACCAGGCGGUCCCCACUUCCACCCUGCACCCCUUCUUCCCCCCCCCUGCACCAUGAACACCAAUGUCUGCGUGGAGCCCGGGCCGAGCCCGGAGGCCCCGGGCUUGCCCAAGGAAAGCCACCUGCCCGAGGGAGCCCUGAAUAGCCUUGUGGAUUACAACUCGGAGAUGGAGCGCUACCGCUCGUUUGCCACCUCCUUCUACAAGACCAACGGGGGCGCCUUCCCGCAGGCAGCCAAGAUCGCGCGCAUCACCACCCCCAUCUUCCCCAGCAGCGCCGCCGCCGCCGCGGCCGCCGCGCGCAUCGGCAUGUCCCCGUGGAACUGCGACAACGCGGCCACCGCCGCCGCCACCGCGAUGCUCUGGGGCAGCGGGGGCGGCGGCGGGGGCGGCGGGGGCGGGGGUGGGGGCGGCGGGGCCGGCAGGAAAUCCUCCUCGGCCGCCGCCUCCUCCUCCGCCUCCUCCUCGGCGAUCCUCCCUGCAGCCGGCGGCGGCGGCGGCGGCGGCGGCGGUGGCGGCGGCGGCGGCGGCGGCAGGACCAGCAUGCACCACCGGAACGACUCCCAGCGGCUGGGGAAGGCUGGCUGCCCGCCAGAGCCGUCGUUGCAAAUGGCAAAUACUAAUUUCCUCUCCACCUUAUCCCCCGAACACUGCAGACCUUUGGCGGGGGAAUGCAUGAACAAGCUCAAAUGCGGCGCUGCUGAAGCAGAGAUAAUGAAUCUCCCCGAGCGGGUGGGGACUUUUUCCGCUAUCCCGGCUUUAGGGGGCAUCUCAUUACCUCCAGGGGUCAUCGUCAUGACAGCCCUUCACUCCCCCGCAGCAGCCUCAGCAGCCGUCACAGACAGUGCGUUUCAAAUUGCCAAUCUGGCAGACUGCCCGCAGAAUCAUUCCUCCUCCUCCUCGUCCUCCUCGGGGGGAGCUGGCGGAGCCAACCCGGCCAAGAAGAAGAGGAAAAGGUGUGGGGUCUGCGUGCCCUGCAAGAGGCUCAUCAACUGUGGCGUCUGCAGCAGUUGCAGGAACCGCAAAACGGGACACCAGAUCUGCAAAUUUAGAAAAUGUGAAGAGCUAAAGAAAAAACCUGGCACUUCGCUAGAGAGAACACCUGUUCCCAGCGCUGAAGCAUUCCGGUGGUUCUUUUAAAGCAGUAGCAUAUCUUAUUUUCAAGGCAUUUGGAAAUGAGGGGCAAACUAAUGUCUUGUUUUAAGAAACCACUUAGUCCACCAUUGAAGAAAAUAUCCAGAAAUUAUUUUCAUUUUAUGUAUAGGGAUUUCUUCAAAAAACAAGAGGAAAAGAAAAAGACAGAAAAAUAACAGGGAAGCUUGGGGAAUUGGCCAGUCUAUUUACUUUCAAUACACUGAUCCUCCCUUUGAUGUAAUUUAGCUAUACUAGUGAAGUUGUUGUCUAUUUUGAAAGUGGCUGUAAAAAAAUAAGUUUGGGUAAUCCCCCACUGUAAAAUCAUGUAUCUUUGCAAAGUACAUAUCUAUACUUCAUUUUCAAAUAUAUGUGAUUCAGUACUGUAAACUGUACAGAUAGCAGCUUGUAUUUUGUGUGUUUAGACACAAGGAGACAAUCAUGUCUGAGCAUCUAUGGAGAUUAACAGUUUGUACACAACAAUAUGGUUCUUCAAGUUAAAUCUGGAGCAAUAAAUUUUAGCUUUAAAUAUUUUUGCCAGUUGUUUGUAGAAGCAGAAACAACACUGGUGGUAAUUUAUGCAUCUUUCUGUAGAGACUCGAUGGCCGACUAAAAGAUAAUGCUGCAUUCAGCAGCUACCUUCAAUUGUGUCAAUAUAAGAGGGGAAGCUACUGUGAAGGUUUCAAUUAAUCUUUUGAGCACUAUAUUAGAGUAGUGGUUAUGCACUUGCGUUGCUUACAAAUGAGCUGUACAGAGGGUAUACCCCCAAAUACUUAGUGUAGUUGACUUGUUUGGGUUGCACUGCAAGGGGAGUACACAGAAUAGUUGGAAAAUGCAGAAUCAGUUGUAUAAUUAUUUUUAUUUAAAAAAAGUGUUUUCUAGGCUGAAGUUAUCAAAUCAUAAACAGAGAAAGUCUGCCUGACAUUUUUUCCCCUAGCCGUACACAGGCUGUCCAAGCUUUUGAUUCUUUGUUUAUUUUUUGCUUUGGGGAGAAACAGGAAAAAUAAAACAGAAGGGUAUUCUAAUGUUUUAACUCCAUUUAUGACAUUGAAUGGGUAGGUUUAAAACAAUACUUGAAUUCAUGGAAGCCUGCUUUAAGACAUGGCUGGGCACACUCUCAAAUUAAAAAUACUUAAACACAUUCAUUAAAAGUGAGGCUCUUUUGUUUACCUUCCUUUCUGUGUCUCUAGUGAGACAAGUUUUUCCCCCCAGUCUCUCCAAGGACGCCCACUGCUUCCAUUCCAUUCUCGUCUCUGGACACUUUCUUUCCAUGAAGCAAAAAGCCACGGUAUGAGCAAGUUGACUAAAACAAGACAGCUCAUUCCCAGAAUGCCUUGUAGAACCGCAGCACCUUGUCCUGCAGGAUUGGCUUUUCCCAGGACAGCCAUGUUUCUUAGGGGACUCCUAUCCCAUUAAGACAAAUACUUAAAUUUGUUUAAAAUUAUAAUGUAAGGAUCAGUUUCAGAAUAAUACAUGGUUUAGCAAAAACACCUAGAAAGUUGCCAUGUCACUUACCAUCUUUGUUCCUUAUGCCUGUCACAUGGCUGAGCAAGAUGAGUUAGAAGAAAACCAUCGGAAGGGAGUGGUAGGGCAGUGAGAACUUAAAAGUGGAAAGUACUUCAAAGGCCGGGAGGUGGAUCCUUUUUAAAAUCUCCUUUCAGUUUGGAGUAGGACGUGGGAAGACACAUUACUUUUCUAAAGGCAGGUCAAGUGCACCAUCACUGGAGUGCCUUGAUGAGAGCAUAGGAGGUUUGUAGGAACAUAGGAGGUUUGUAGGAUGCCAGUGUGGGAUACCAGUGGGAAUGAUGUGCCUAGCUAGCAUACCAAUGCUUAGUCUGCAGCAUGGUCAAGCAGUCUUUGAGAGGAAAAUGCAUUAUGUAUUACACCGCCUGUGUUUAAAGGAAGGAAUGAAACCAUCAGAAGCUAAAUGUUCUGUAUAUUACUUUUGAGAUAGCUUUUUACUCCAUGUAUAUUCUAGAGGGUUGGUAGCUAUAAUUUCUGCUUCGGCUGUAGGACCAAUGAGUGCUGUGUGAGUUCUUCAUUGUCUCAUUGUUUUUCCUCCUCCACCUCCUCCUCCUCCUCCUCCUCCUUUCUCCUUUUCUUCCUCCUUCUCCUCCUUCUUUUUCUUCUCCCCCCUCCUUUCUCUUCCCUUUUCCUUCUUCUCUCUCUCUCCCCCUGUCUUUGCAAUUUUUAUUUUACUUUAUUCUUACUUUUGCCAAUCUGUUAACUAUGUAUACGUGGAAACUUAUUUUCACAUUUGAAUGGCAAGCUUCCCUUUCUUUUGUAAAAAUGAUUAUAAAUGAAACAAACUUCUUUUCAGACUGUAUUAGGCACACAAUAAGAACCUCAUAGCAAUGUAUGGACAGCCAAAACUCAAGGUGGUAUUGCAUGUCUUGAUGUAUUUUCUUCUUUCCUUUUACCUUUUUUUUCAAGACAAUGAAUCUGUGUAUUGUAAAUGUGUUGUUUCACAUGACAGUUCAUUUAUUUUUAAUGAAAGGAAUUUGUUACUAUAAUGAGCAGUGUGGCCUUUCUCUUUAAUUCUCUUACAUUUUAUUAUUUACACUAAUUUCUUUUAUGCCACACACUUUUUUUGUUUUUGCUUAAACUCAGUUUACAAAAUGUAGGGUACAUAUAGAGUUCCCACUGGUGAUGGUGAAUAAAUUAUCCUUCUAGAUUCCCUCUAGUUUUCUUUCUCAAGUGUCUUUGUACAGACAACUUGUAGCCUUAGGGCAGUGACUUGAAGGUGUGCAUUUUCUUUAUUCCAAAAUAUCAAUGAAACAUAGCCUUUUACAGUUGCUCACUGUUCGUUACAUUUUCCAUAUCAUGGAAAUUCAGAAAUUAGCCAUCAGAUUGUAGAUUGUAUGUACAACUUAAAAAUUGCAUAUCAGCUAUUGCUAAGGCUACUAGAGAAAUUCACACACGAGUCCAGUGUUCAGUGGAUGUCAUGCCCUGGCAGCAUUUGAGGGGAGCACAUGAGAAUAUGUGGGUCAUUGGCACAUAGCAUACUAAGCGGAAAACGGUUCUCUUAGCUAUCCCCUAGCACUACGGAAGAAUAUCAUAAUGCAGACCUCUGUCUUCUCUGACCUUCAGACUAAGGUGAGUAUCUUUCUAGCAGACUCCAUCUGUCCUCAUACAAGCAGAGGCACGCUCACAACGUAGUACUGAAUCCAUCCUUGGGACAUAAAUAGAAGCAUCAUUCCCUAAGAUAUGCACAUGUAAAAUGUCUCCUGGUUGCUUAACCCCAUGACCCUCAAUUUCCUUCUGAGCAAUCACAAGGAGUGGGAGAUGAUGGGCUUCCUAUGAAUUAUUAUUAAGUAAUCACAAAAGGAAAGAACUGUUCCAUCUCUUGUCAGAACCCCUGGCAUGGACGUUGUUCAAGUGCUAAAGCAUAUAAACCCUUUAAGCUGAUAGUAUCAGUGAUCAAAGAAUGAAUAGAGGGACACAGUUAAAUGAAAUGUGAUUCAGGGUCAAAUAUGUUGAACAGAAAGCUGUAGUGGGUCUUUGAUCAUGGUGAGAUUCACAGCAAUAUCAAACAGUUGGUUCUCUUGUAACAGCUAAACGUUUCAGAAUUUGUUUUUAUUAAAUUUGGCAUUUCACACUGAGAUCUGUAUUCCUAGUGAAUAAAACACAGCUACUGUGUUCAGAGGGAUUCCGUUUCAAAUUGCCAAAUAGAUAUUUUAGGACAUGGGCCACAAACUGUACUCCUUUCCCAGUGUCCUCCUGUUCCAAACUGUGCAGUUAUCAGUUACAUUUUCUAAUAGAUAUUUGUGUAAAGGUGUAUGUAAGCUUGUGCAGUUAUUUAAAAAAAGCAGUUCUGGAAAACAGUGUAUUUAUUAAAGAAAAAUCACUUAUGGGGCAUGUACAAAACUGUAAAAAAAUUAAAAAUCACUUCAAUUUGCCCAGUAAAGUUGUUUUUGUGAAAUUUCUGUGUUGUUAAAUAAAGGACUUUAGUAUUCAAAAAUCUCUAUUUUUCCAUGACAAAAAUUUUAUUUGUGGGAUUUAAAUUAAUGAACACACAGUUCUGAAAUUCUAAUAUUAUUUAUGAUGUAAGGGUUUGUAUUUCUACAUGUGCCCUUAUCUCAGUGGCAUGAUGCAGUGUACAAAUUUUUCAUAAAUAUGCUAUUAUUGUUCUUUUUGUUCACACAUAUCUAUCUAUCUAUCUAUCUACCUAUCCUCUUUUUACCAUCUAUUUAUAUAAUUUCUAUAAAGAAAGAAGAAUAUGAUGCUUAAGGUAUGUUUUAAAGACUAAGUUGAAGAUGAACAGAUAAGCCAACUUCCCUCUUCCUCACCCAUUGUAAGCAUGCCUAUAGAAAACACCUCAAGCCUUGUGCCUUGAGUGAAAAUCUUUAAUGAUGAUUCUUGAAGAUAUUUUCCAUGAAGAAAUAUGGCACAUGGGAUUGUAUCUCUGGUUAUUCCCUUUCAUUUUGAUUUGGAAUCUGCAUUGUGUUAGUUUUCUUGUGAUGAAAUGCCAAGUACACUGCUAUUCAUUACUUAUGUGCUGAACCCUUACUUCACUGCUUCUCAAUACAAAGGGCUAAUUUUAUUUGAUGUUUCUGAAACCACACACACACACACACACACACACACACACACACACACAAAUCAAAACUAGGACAUGGUAUUAAAACUUGGAAAUCCUUGAUAUAGGAACACACAGAACUUCAUAUUAUUCGAAGACUUCGUGUAUUUGACAUUGAUGUGUGCACUGUUAGGGUUUAACAUUUUAAAUAGAAAAUAUUUGGAACAUGGCAAUAGGAUGGGAUUAUAGAAAGCAAGAAGUAUGGCUUCAGUAAUUCUAAUUACAAGAGGCCGCCUAGGAGGCAACAAUUUCUCAGGUAAGUCACUAUGCUUUUUUAUAUUUUGGUGCAAGCAAUGGAAGUAUGCUAAGUAUAUUCAAUUGGAAUUUGGCAAGUAGUACUUUUCUUUACUUCAAUUUGGCAAGCAUAUGAAUGCCUGGAGAUUCAUAUGUUAUGAUGAGGAGAUGAUUCUUCAAGAGUGUGGAUAAUUUGGCGAAAAGGAUUAUGCCUUAUUAACUUUUCCAAUAUUGAACCAGAUAAUUUAUGUGGUUUCUACUCACACAGCAUGCAUUUACCAAGUGUGUUGGUAAACAUGUUUAUUUAUAGCUAUAUGCGGAACUUGUUUUCCCAUUCUAUUUUAUGUUUUUUGUGUGUGAAGAAAAAUACUCAAAUCCACCACUGUGUACAACGUAAGGACCUAUUUGCAUGUGCUGUGUAAGUAGCAGUUAUACAGGAGACUUGUUUAUUUGAGAAUUGGACCUCAAAUCUUUUGUUUUGCCAUGUUACCUUGAGUUCUGUUUGCGUCCUUCAUAGCUCAGAUUUUUGUUUACUUCUUUAUUCAUCAAGUCAGUGUUUCUGAAUUUCUGUGUAUUGUGAGCUAUUAACCAAAUUCCAUCUUCACCCAGGUCUUCCUUUCUAGGGUUGUGGUGAAAUGACCAUGUCUUACAGGUGUUACAGUUGGCAAGCUGGAGGCACUUUGCUGUCUUCCUCCAAGAGCGCUGCUGUUUAAAAUCAUUCUGAGUCUAUCCUGAGCAAGUGAAUUCCAUGACUGCUUUGAAGAUUUGUCGAAGGAGAAUCUGAUGCCUGGUGCCCAGUUUGAAUCACCAUCUUCUGAUUACAGCCUUUCUGAAAAGCACUCCUGUGGCUGAAGGGAUGUGACACCUAUGGUGGAGGGGAGCUUAGGAAAAGAAACAAAAUUAAAUUCUACCAGUUAACCCUUGACAAAAACAUGAAGCAUGGUCAGCUGGAAAUUCUUAUUAUAUACUUUAAGAAUGUUUCUUUUCUGUGAUUUGCCCUAAUGUUUCUUUUUAUUCCCAUGUUGAAUGGAUGUGUGUGUGUGCACCUAUGUUUGUGUACAAUUAGGUCUUUUUCUGUACACAUGUGCAUUUUGAUUCAACAGUUUAAGCUGUGUCCCAGAAUAGCUGCAUAUUAUCAUGGGCUAUUAGGAAUCUGCCUUGGAAAGGAUGCUUUUGUACUUAUGUUUGAGUUGAAUGCAGAGAUUUAUCAUCAUAUAGUUCUUACUGAAUUCUCUGCAAAUCAGAGAAUUGGGGAAAAUUAUGCAGAACCUUUUGGGGCUUGUAAGUGCUCUUACUGAGGUUCGGUUUUGAUUUAUUAUCUCCUACUUCCAAUCACUUAAGGAGCUGUACUGAAAUUGUGAAUAAGAUUUGCUCCCCAGAUGUAUUACUUACCUUCCCAUCAUUUCAAUAUUUGAUAGAUUUAGAUUUUAUUAAGAUAUUUAUAUACUUGAAGUUUCAAUGUACAUCUAAAUACUAAUAGAUGACUUGAUUUUUAAUACCAGGUGGAAAGAGAAGAGUCUAGGCAUUAAGAACAAUGUGGACAUAUCGUCCUGUGCCAAAAGGGAAAACCUGUCUUGUAAAUAUAAAGAUUAAAAGAAAGUCUAAGUGUCUAGAAUUUAGAGAGAAGAGAGUAAUGAGCCAGGGGAUGAGAUUGUAGGAUCAGAUCUCAAAGGACCUUGGAGGUCACACUGGGCGUUUGCUGAAAAGACUACUAGAAAGCCACUGAUGAUGAGCAGGGAAUCCCAAGAACUAGACAUGAGUUUUACACUACAUUGUAAUGCACGUUGAAUCAGGAUAGAGAUAGUGAAGACUAUAAAAUCAGACAAAGACAACAGGAUCUGUAGAAAUGCAAGCAGUUAGAUAUGUAAAGAAGAGAAGAAUUAGUAAUGACUCCCCGAGUUUUAGUAUAAAUAGCUGGAAAAGUGAAGUCAACAUUUGCUGACAUGGGGGAAAGUUAUACUUUGGUUUUAGACAUACUAAUUUUGGCAUAUGGGUUGAAAGGUCAAGGUAGAUUCAUAGCUUGCAGGUAGAAAUUGUAUUUACAAUCAAGAGUCUCCAUGGGGCUAUUGAAAGGAUGAGUUUGAGUAGCCUGGAAGAGGAAACUUAAAGAAGGUCUGGGACUCUCCUAUAAUAAUUGUAUCUUUACUUUCAUCCCAAUCAGUUUUUAAUGGGGGUACAUAUCUCAAGUUGAUAAAGCAAGUAAACAAGGGAAAGAACAAGCAGUAAAUGACUCCAGUUACCCUCCCUUCUCUGAGACUCAGAUUCUUUUGACCUUUCAAUCAACUCUUCAUCACAUGCACAAUUUGUAUAGUGAUCAAUAAAUAUUUGCCCACAUACAAUUCUAAUUAAUUAUAUGUGCAAAUCUUUCCUCUAAUGCAUAGGUACAUUGAGUUAAAAGUUUAAUGUGAUAACUGCUGUUUAAAAAAAUUAAGCAUAAUUGUACUGAAUUUGACCUCACAGUUCAUCUUUCUGGGCUUGUAUUCCUUGUUGUCUGUCCCUAAAAAGUAAAUGAUAUUAUUUAUUUGAUAUCUCUGGGGACUGAAAUGCUGGAACAGAAGUUCUGGAUAGAUAUUGAGAAUUCAGAUUAGACUUUGUUGACUCCCAGUGACAAAAAGGGAAUAAGAUGUUCAGAUUUGCCCAAAUGAUCCUUCACAAGGGAAAAAGUUGUCUCAAUGAUAAAAACACCACAGUAAAAUUGUUCAUUAAUUUCCA